AUGUCACUCUCCAGGUAUGCCAAGACAUACCUACUGAACCAAUCCAAGUACAAACAUCUCAAUGUUUUCAACUCACUAGUCGCUCCGUCAGUGCUCGCCUCGCGCGACAAUGCCGCCGAAUCCAGUCCUGCUUCUCGCAGUAUCAAGGACAAGCCAAUCGCAAUAAAAGAUAACAUUUGCACAAAAAGCUUGAAGACAACAGCAUCCUCCAAUAUAUUGAAGGGCUUUACCAGCCCGUACGAUGCGACGGUAGUCAAGCUCCUCCAAAAUGAAGGUGCUGUCAUCGUGGGCAAAACCAACAUGGAUGAGUUUGGCAUGGGCUCGCAUUCGACACAUUCGCAGUUCGGCCCAGUAAGGAUGCAGAGGUAUGAGGGCGAGAAAUUGAGUGCAGGGGGAAGCUCAGGCGGAAGUGCGCUUGCAGUUGCCAGUUCUCAAUGCUGGGCGGCGUUAGGGACCGAUACUGGAGGCUCUGUCAGACUACCUGCUUCGUAUACAGGCGUUGUCGGAUUCAAACCGAGUUAUGGCCUGCUCUCAAGGUGGGGCGUGAUCGCCUAUGCCAACUCUCUAGACACUGUUGGUAUAUUUGGGCGAAGCACUGAGGAUGUAAGGACUGUCUUUGACAAACUCAACAUGCAUGAUCAGGAAGACCCAACCUCCAUUCCUCCUUCAACACGUGUACGUCUUGGAAAGCGAAAGGAGAACCAAUCAUCACCUCUAAGGGUUGGCAUCCCCCUCGAUUACAACAUUGAAACCCUACAGCCCGUUGUUCGCAAGGCAUGGAUUCAGUAUCUGAAUCACUUAUGGGACCGCGGUCACAGUUUGCAUCCUAUUCGGCUACCGACGACACAACAGGCUUUGUCAGCUUACUACGUACUCGCACCAGCUGAAGCAUCCAGUAACCUUGCAAGGUACGACGGAGUACGCUUCGGCAGUAGAGCAGAGGGAAUUGAUGGAACGCCUGAUAGUGUGUUAUUCGCCAAAACUCGUGGCCAGGGAUUUGGAGCCGAAGUUCAACGCAGGAUCUUGCUUGGAGCCUUCUCGCUUAGCGCCGAAGCUAUUGACAACUACUUUAUUCAGGCACAAAAGGUCCGCAGGCUGGUCCAGCAAGACUUCAACAGAGUGUUUGCAAGACCCAAUCCUCUUUUUGAAGACGGGACAGCUCCAAAACAGCCAGAGGGGGUUGAUGUUAUCGUGUGCCCUACGGCACCAUCCACGGCGCCAUCGCUAUCUGAAGUGGAAACCCAGGAUCCUAUUCGAUCCUACAUGAACGAUGUAUUCACUGUCCCUGCCAGUCUGGCCGGACUUCCAGCGAUUAGUAUCCCCGUAGGUGUGAACUUAGGGAAAGGAGACUCUGGGAUACGAGGAGGAAGUGAUUCAAUCUUCAAUACUGUGGGCUUGCAGGUGAUUGGUCAAUACGGAGAUGAUGAGCUUGUCCUGGAUGCUGCGAAAAUCAUGGCGGAUAUUUCACCGUCUCCUCAAGUGCACCAUGGGCCAGAUGUCACUGCUUGGCAUGUUGAUGCAGGGCGAAAGAUAUAA